AUGACUGCCAGCUACUUCGUUACUUUUCUGAUGUUGUGCUAUCGACAGAGUGGACAAAGCUGCCCUAGCGAUACCCUUAACUCGGUAAUCUACUGCCCUGAACUGCCCGACAUCAAUGGAAGCCACCCCAUCACAUACUUCUUCAAAGUGGAUCGGGAAAUCGGUGAUACAGUUGCCAUGGCAACCAUCUCUUGCCCUCCGCAAUUCCGACUACUGCCGGCCAUUCUAAACACCAGCCUGCCACCGGAAUCCCUUCCUAGUGAACAGACGAUCCACUGUGACUCUCAUCGGAAUCGCUGGAGUUCUCCCAUUCCAGUAGCUUGUCUGACUAUUGAAGAAAUCGCAGAGGCCUACUUAGCAGCAAUACCAACUACUCAGCCAUCGACAGAGGCACCGCCGACUUCGUGCUGUACAAGUGAGGAACCCGCGGUUGUCGUACCCAUUGACCAUCAGGAGAAUCCCAUCGUGGGCCCCGUCAACGAUUCCCUCAUGCCGAGUGGAUCUAUUGGUGAGUACAUCAAAGUUAGCUGGUUGCUACUCCGUUUCUCAGGUCAACGUUGGGGUAAAUGUUGCCCAAAAGCCGAUAUAUCACAGUCUGUAUCACAGUCUUGUGUGAGUCUCCAGGGAAGAACACAAUAA